UUUCCAGCCUCAUUAGCACCUCUGGCAGGGCUGGCAGCCGCUCCUGGCCGCCCGCCCGGGAUGUAACGGGUCGGCACCCGGCAGGAUUUAUCUCCUGGGGAUGGGAUGUCCUGUCCAGAGCUUGCCCCGGGCUGGAGAUGUGGCUCGGGGGGGCUGAGGAUGCUCCGGGCUGGGCCAGCCGCCGAAAUGGGGAUGUUCUCGGCACAGAGCUGCUGGUUUGCUGCUGACUGAGCUCAGAAAUGCGCCUCGGGUGGAAGAACACACCAUCAAUGCUAACAUACAUCCUAAACGCAUAAAUACCCCUUAAACGCUUCUCUCCUGCAAAAACCUGAGUCCUGCUCGGAGGGGGCCGAGGGGAAACUGAGGCAGCACCCGGAGCUGAGCCACAGGGGCAAUUAGCCCCAGGGUAAUUAACGCUGCUCACCCAGGGCGGGGCCCUGCCGUGGAGGGGGGUCCAGGCUCAUCCAUCACUCGGCUGGAUCCAAACUGGGGCGUUCCGAGGGCUCCCCAGAGCGGGGAGGGGGGAUCACCGUGUGCUUUGGAGGGGACACGGGGACAUUCCAUCCCUCUCUACACCCAGCCCGGCUGUGCAGCUCCUAGGGACGCUCGGGGUUGGGGUCCCAGCGCAAUCCCCCCCCCCAGCAGCAGCCCCCCGGGCAGCGGGCGAGGGGGCCCAGCCUGGGGCAGGCUCCGCGGGCGCUUUGCAGCCGGCUUGGCCGUCCCUCCUCCAGCCGGGAUUUGCACACGAAUCCCGGCUCUUCACACGAGCCAAGGCCACCGGCUGCCACCAGCGCCGGCCACACGCCGGGGUCACCCUCGCCGACCCCCCCCGGGCCCGGAGGACGAUGGCAGCGGGCGACGAGAAGCGGCACCUCCUGAGCGAGGGCGCCGGCGGGUGCUACGCGGGGGGCUGCGCGGGAGGACGGGCAGAGCGCGGCGCAGGGACAGGAGCCGGCCCUGGAGCUGGGGACACGGCGGGGGCAGCACUGCCACACGCGGGGACACGGCGGCCACCCCGGCCAGCAGCAGCGGGCGCGCAGGAAGCUCUACCUGGCCGCUGGCAUCUGCCUCUUCUUCAUGGUGGGGGAAGCCGUGGGCGGGUACCUGGCACACAGCCUGGCCAUCCUGACGGACGCUGCCCACCUGCUGACGGACUUUGCCAGCAUCAUGAUCAGCCUCUUUGCACUCUGGGUGUCCUCACGCCCCCCCACCAAAACCAUGAACUUCGGAUGGCACCGGGCAGAGAUCCUGGGAGCCCUGCUCUCCGUGCUCUCCAUCUGGGUGGUGACGGGGGUCCUGGUCUACCUGGGGGCCCAGCGCCUGCUCUCGGGUGACUACGACAUCGAGGGUGGGGUCAUGCUCGUCACCUCCGCCUGCGCCGUGGCCGUCAACAUCGUGAUGGGGCUGGCUCUGCACCAGACGGGGCACGGGCACGGCCACGGGGCAGCGGGAGAGCAGCCCAGCGCCAGCGUCAGAGCCGCCUUCGUGCACGUGCUGGGGGACCUGCUGCAGAGCCUCGGCGUCCUCGUCGCCUCCUACAUCAUCUUCUUCAAGCCCGAGUACAAGUACGUGGAUCCCAUCUGCACCUUCCUGUUCUCCGCGCUGGUGCUGGGCACAACGCUGACCAUCCUCCGCGACGUCCUCCUCGUCCUCAUGGAGGGGACCCCCAAAGGGAUGGAUUUCAACGCCGUGCGGGAGACGCUGCUGGCGGUGCGGGGCGUGGAGGCCGUGCACAGCCUGCACAUCUGGGCUCUGACCGCCGCCCAGCCGCUGCUCGCCGUGCACAUCGCCAUCAACGCGGCUGCCAGCGCGCAGGAGGUGCUGGAGGAGGCCAGCUCCCGGCUGCAGGGCGCCUUCCGCUUCCACAGCACCACCAUCCAGGUGGAGAGCUACUCCGAGGAGAUGCGGGACUGCCGGGAGUGCCAGCCCCCCCGCGACUGACUGGCCAUGUGCGGCAAAUAAAGCAGAGCACGCGGGGCUGCGCGGGGA